CUCCGGCACCGCGCCAUGAGCGCCUCCUCCAAGAUGCUCCGCAGCUCGCUGAGCCGGCGGUCGGGGCGGCAGCGCAGCAGCAAGGUGAUGUCGGUGGCCAUCGAGGACGUGCGCGACGCCAAGGAGGCGGCCUCCGUGGACGCGUUCCGGCAGACGCUCGUCCUGGAGGAGCUCCUCCCGGCGCGCCACGACGACUACCACAUGAUGCUCCGCUUCCUCAAGGCCCGCAAGUUCGAGAUCGACAAGAGCAAGCAGAUGUGGUCCGACAUGCUCAAUUGGCGCAAGGAGUUCGGCACCGACACCAUCAUGGAAGAUUUCCAAUUCGAGGAGGUGGAGCAGGUGCUGGAGCACUACCCGCAGGGGCACCACGGCGUGGACAAGGACGGCCGGCCAAUCUACAUCGAGAAGCUGGGCGCCAUCGACACCACCAAGCUGCUGCAGGUCACCAGCAUGGACCGCUACGUCAGGUACCACGUGAGGGAGUUCGAGAGGGCCUUCGCCCUCAAGUUCCCGGCCUGCUCCAUCUCCGUCAAGCGCCACGUCGACCAGAGCACCACCAUCCUCGACGUCUCCGGCGUGGGCUACAAGAACUUCAACAAGGCUGCGAGGGAUCUCAUCGGCCAGCUCCAGAAAAUCGACGGGGAUAACUUCCCUGAGACCCUGUGCCGGAUGUUCAUCAUAAACGCCGGUCAGGGAUUCAGGCUCCUGUGGAACACCGUCAAGUCCUUCCUUGACCCCAAGACCACAGCCAAGAUCCAUGUUCUCGGCAACAAGUACCAGAGCAAGUUGCUGGAAGUCAUUGAUCCCAGUGAAUUGCCCGAAAUGUUUGGGGGCACUUGUGUAUGCGAGGGCGGAGGUUGCAUGCGCUCCGACAAAGGACCGUGGAAGGACCCUGAAAUCAUAAAGAUGGUGCAAUGUGGCUUGGGGAGAUGCGGAAUGAACAACUCGGACCCUGCCAGCGCCGAGGAGAAGACUAUCACCGAGGACGACGCUGCGCCGGCUGUAAAGAAGCAAGAGUCGAUGCGCCGUGACGGCGUUGACUCUCCCAAGGUGGCGCACGACAAGACCGAACACCCGCCGCAUAUGGCUCCCCUCCAUGAGGUGCCAAAUGAAGAGACCAAGGAUUCGCAGGCUGCUCCUUCCGGCAAAGAGGGGGGCUCCGCGCCCUACGACGAGCUCUUCCCCAUGGCGGACAAGGGCAUGGAUUUCAACUGGAACGGCGAGAUGAGCGCGGAGAAGCUCGCCAUCGCGAGAGAUAUGUACGCGUCGCUGCCGGACGCGUACAAGCACGGCGACGCGGGGGACCGGCAGGUGGUGACGGGGUUCAUGGCGUUCGUGAUGGGGGUGGUGGCCAUGUUCCGGGUGGGCAAGAUCGCGCCGAAGCGCGCCAUGGACGCGGCCAUGGGCAUCGCCACCAUGGAGGCCAUGGCCCAGAACCGCAAGCUCCUGCAGGCCCAGGGACAGGGCGGCCCCGGGGGCCCGGUCGUGGUGGCGGGCGUGUCGACGGCGCAGUUCGAGGCGCUGGCGAAGCGGGUGGGCGAGCUGGAGGAGAAGGUGGCCGCCCUCGGCUCGCGGCCCACCGAGAUGCCAGCCGACAAGGCGGAGCAGCUCGCCGCCGCCGCCACCCGGCUCGACACCCUCGAGGCCGAGCUCGAGUCCACCAAGAAGCUUCUGGAGACGUCGAAGGGGCAGCAGGAGGAGGUGCUGGCAUACAUCGAGAAGAAGAAGAAAAAGAAGGGGAUGGUAAGGCCGGCAUUCUCACUCACUUGCAUGUCUGCAGCAUCAGUUGGUACUGUUAGGCUCAAGCUUGUGGUAAGCACUCAUCUUACAAGCUGAUUUCAUUAAAGUUUUGUCUCCAACAGCAGAAUCCAUUCCGUUGGUGAGGAGAAGAUCGCUGACCGAUGACUGCGGCGACGGCCGGCGACUGCAGGGGGGGAGAAGGGGGAGCAAAGCAAGAAAGAGAAAGAGAGAAAAAUGCAGAAAGAAGGAUACAUACAUACACACUUACAACCUGGAAUGCCGAGGCUGAAUUGUAGUACCACCACAUUAGGCCACAAGAUUUUGUAUUUUUGUUUAUCUUCGGAGCAGAGAUCGAACUGUUUCAUGUGAAAUUAGUCGCAGCGCUCCGAGCAGGCAGGUCCUAGCUAUGCCGAUCCCGUCUUGUUGAAACAUAUUUUCUGUGUGUUUAGAAGAAUUGUAAGGCCUUUGUCUUUAUGAAGACUCUCUCAGUUUUGCGCUUCUGAAGAAUGCUGUGUAACUGAACCGUGAUUGACACAGAAUUGGUGAUGCCUUGGCAACAAUCUGGCUGCAGCUGGAGGAUUGUGGCACACAAUGAUGCCCUAUCAACAAUGGUCUUGUUUCCCCUCGUUAUUUGCAUCCUAUGGAACUACGAAUAGCUCAGCUAGAGCUGCAUAUCGUCAGUCAUGGUGAAAGCGCGUGUAACCAAUAAGUGGAGUAAACAAAUUGCAGAACCAAGACAGGUCAACGAAGGAAUUCUGCUGCAAUCCUGUAUUCAUAAGACAGGCAGGCUGAAACGGGUAGAAUUCAGCGCAAAAACACAUUUAUUUAUGUUAGGAUUUUCUGUCCAUUUACAAACCCAUGUAUGUCUUUUUCACAUUUGUCAGGAAAACGAACGGAUCAACCGUUUACAUCAUCUCAAACGCCAUCUCCGGCAUCUCAGAAAAAAGAAAA